CUGCUUGCUGCUCUCCGGUUUCAACUGUCAAACCAACUCUUCUACUAUCUUCGGAUGUCGGAUUUGUAUGUGACUUUAAAUUAGAAAAAAGAAAAAAGAAAAAAAAGGGAUUCGAUUCAUUUCCUGCUUGUUGGAUACACUGGAAUAGCAAGCCUUCAUAUCCUGGGGUUAUCACUGCCUUGUGAAUCUUCAAUUAUUAAAUCCCCGCAAGCCAUAUUGAUCAGGGGAUUGGAACAGUUCCCCAAUCAGCUAUGACACCAAACUGGAUAAUCAAUGUUUCAGAUGUGAGGAAACAAAAUUUUAGGAUAAGAACCAUUAAGAUCAGCAACAUUUCACUAGCUGCAUCUGAGAGGGAUAUCAGUGAAUUUUUUUCAUUUUCUGGUGAUAUUCAAUACAUUGAAAUGCAAAGGGAAACCGAUACGACCCAACUUUCCUAUGUUACCUUCAAGGAUUCACAGGGAGCAGAUACAGCAAUGCUCUUAUCGGGAGCUACAAUAGUUGAUCUUUCUGUCUCUAUUACACUUGUUGAGAAUUACCAGCUGCCUCCUCAAGCUAUCCCACCAAACCUGGAGAAAAAGGUAGCUGCUACUAGUUCUGCUGUUAAGAAGGCUGAAGAUGUAGCGAGCACCAUGCUUGCUAGGGGUUUUGUCUUGGGAAAGGAUGCAAUUAGCAAGGCAAAAGCUUUUGAUGAACAGCAUCACUUGAUAUCAAAUGCCUCUGCCACAGUUGCUUCCAUUGAUCGUAAAAUAGGACUGAGUGAGAAGCUAAGCAUUGGAACAACUAUAGUAAACGAAAAGGUGAGAGACAUGGAUGAGCUGUUCCAGGUAUCUGAGAAAACGAAAUCUGCCUUUGCUGCUGCUGAACAGAAGGCUGCCACUGCAGGAACUGCUAUUAUGAGCAAUCAUUAUGUAUUAACCGGAGCUUCAUGGAUUUCAAGUGCAUAUAGUGCAGUUGCAAAGGCAGCUGAGGAUGUUACCAUGAUGACCAAGGAGAAGGUUGGGAAGGCUGACGAGGACAAGAAGGAGAUCCUUUACAGGGAAAGGACAGGGAUCAUCAAUGACUUUGCACAAAUCCAUCUUGAUGAGUCUUCCGCAUCGGAGCCUCCAACGGUUCCUGUCAAUUCAGCUGAUGACAAUACGCUUCGCAUCAUAUGACUGCUGUCGAUUUUCCUUUACCCAGUACAGUUGGAUUACUUUUCAGUUGUCUGUAUGAUAUGCUUGAAGACGAAGAUUCUAUGACGGAUUGCCUGUUGAAAGGCUAUAUAAAUCACAUUAAUUGCUGUAGUGAAUUUAGAAUUGCCUGGCUUGUCCAUAGUCUUCCACUGGACUCAAAUCUAGGUAGAAAAUGCAGAACUACCUGAAAGGAGCUGUUCUCAAGUCAAGUUGAAAGCAGUUCUGGGCUACUUCCAUCAUACAUGUUUCAAAGUAGAAGUUUUUGUUCGUUUGGGUUAUAUCAAGUAUAUUCUGUUUCCCACUAUUUUCAGUGCGGUUUAUUCUCCCCUCCCUCUUGAAUGAUUGGAAUGCUGGUUUCCUCCAUUUAGCUGUA